AUGCCAAUAGUUUCCCAUAGGCGACAUGUUGAUACGGUACUGGAGGAGGGAUAUUCCUCUAAAAUCAAGCUUUCUGGCUGCGAGUCCAUCAUGCAGUCAAGGGAUCUUGAGGCUGAGCUCGACAUGCAGCAGGCUAAUUUUGAUUUUUUAAAGAACUCGAUAGCAAAUUCUCAUGGUCUUGAUGAAAUGCGGCAGGGCCAUCAUAAAAGCAGUGUUGAAGAAGUGGAGCUUUCGUUGAAAUCACUGAAAAAGUCCAAGUCUCUCAUCGAAUCAAAAAUAAGAGGCAUCGAAAAAGCGCUUUCCGGACUACAGAAAGAUGUAAGCAUUUGCACUUCCUUUCCUUUUCAGGCUUUCGCUUUGCGAAUCAAGCUAUGCCAUCACGACCGUAUGCUUUUACAUCCACUGGCCGUGCCGGGCGGUCAAGAGUACAUUUGGUGGCUCGAUAACCCGCUUCCACACAUAAAGAUCGGAUAUUCGCCCUGCGUUGCUCCUUGGACUGGGCGCGUGUUCAUAGAGUUUUUGAGAAAAAAAAACUCCACAAUGGACUCGAAAAGCGGUGGCAUCAAGUAUCGGCGAAUGACGCUUUUGCCGACCUCGAAUUCGAUAAAAUGGAGGUCCAUCACGACACCUGGAUCUCCUGCCAUCAAGGCGCUGACCCCGCUUCUGUUUGAGGCACACCUUGACCCGACCCAUAUACAGCUUUCCUUGUCUGAACACCCCGUAACAUGCGUGAAAUUAACGAUUAGGACUAUCAUUUAUUAUUUAGAAAAUCAAAACGAAGCCCAAAUUCAUCAGAUGAUGGACCCGAGUCAUGGAUGA